UAGUUAUACCAACUACUACCUCAUCAAAUUAAGUUUGUUAAUAAUAGUAAUGAAGAAGUCAUGUUGUUACUAGCUUCGAAAAUCCCAAAAAAACGUGGAGGUAGGAAGAAGUUUCGUGAAACUAGACACCCGGUUUAUAGGGGAGUGAGGUGGAAGAAUUUCGAAAAGUGGGUUAGUGAAGUGAGAGUACCUGGUAAAAAGUCAAGAAUAUGGCUUGGCACGUUUCCCAAUGCAGAAAUGGCAGCUAGAGCUCAUGACGUGGCGGUCAUGGCUCUUAAAGGCCGGUCAGCUUGUUUGAAUUUUGCUGACUCGGCUUGGAGGUUGCCUGUCCCUGCUUCAGCAACCGCCAAGGAUAUUCAAAAGGCGGCUGCUGAAGCAACUGAGACAUUUCGUGCGUCAGAAUCCUUGGAGAGAGAAAACUCUGAGGAAGGAGAAAACUCCGAGGAAGUUACCAUUGAUGAACAAGUCAUACAAGACAUCGUCGUUCCAAAGUUUACGGAAUAUAAUGAGUUGUUCAUGGAUGAAGAGGCCAUUUUCUACAUGCCGGAAUUACUUGUGAAUAUGGCCGAAGGACUAAUGCUACCUCCUCCUCAAUGUACAUAUGGCAUGGAACCUCAUGAUAUUGACAUGUCUUUGUGGAGUUACUAA